CUUAGCCUAAAUAUAGACAGUCACAGCCAGCGCUCAGGGAGCGACGCACGCCGCGAUCGAUCUGUACAGUAGUGCUUGUGCCGGCUUCUAUCGCAUCGUCACGGUACGCUUUCAUUGUUUUUGUUUAUUGCGCGUCAACCAAUAGUUUAUUCCUGAGUGGUUACGUGUAGCUAUGUAGUUGGCUCUCGUUGUCGACACACGUAUUCGUCUCCAGUGCUCCUAACCUCCAAAAUGCUUAUGCCUGGUGCUCUAGGGUCCACGGACAGCAUGUUGGGAACCGCAGAAGGACUUGUAGGCAGCUUGGCUAGCUUGACCACCCCCACGGGGACGGCCCAACAGAAGGACACUACGUGGACAAAACUUUUCGUUGGCGGGCUGCCUUAUCACACGACAGAUAAGUCGCUGCGAGAACAUUUUUCCGUGUUUGGUGAUAUUGAGGAGGCCGUCGUCAUCACAGAUCGGCAGACUGGCAAAAGCAGGGGUUAUGGCUUCGUGAUCAUGGGUGACCGGCCGGCGGCGGAGCGGGCGUGUAAGGACCCCAACCCCAUCAUCGAUGGUAGGAAGGCCAACGUCAACCUGGCGAUUCUGGGGGCGAAGCCUAGAGGAAAUAUACAACCAGGUUUCCCGUUCCCAGGAAUAAGGACCACUUACCCGACAGUGCUACCUAGUCAGUACGGGGUGCCCCCGGGUUAUGUGUACCAGUCGCCCUACCUGAGCGCCGCAGCUGCCGCCCCCGGCGUCGUGUCACUGCCGCCCGCUCAGCUGUCUCACGCCGCCCUCGCCGCCGCCGCCGCCGCUACCUCCCAGUUCUACGAGUACCAGAACGCCGCUGCCGCUGCUGCCGCGGCCGCCGCUGUCUCCUCCUACCCCAGUCAGGCGUACACCAACGGCUUCGAGACUUACCCCUACACUACUGCUGCUGGGGCUGCCAGCUAUGUGACCCCUUACGCGUAUGCAACUCUACAGCAGUCUGCAGGAUUGCCAACCGCAGCCACCGCUGCCAGUGCCUUCACAGGGCUGUCCCCCUACACUGCAGCUGCAGCUCAAGCUGCCACCCUGCAAGAGGCCAGGCUGCAGUGAUCUUCGCCCCGGCUAGCUCAAUUGUCUCUGUCAAUCUCAUAACAAACGCAAUUUCAAAUUCGACUGAAAAUAGUACAUUUUAUUGUUAUUAUUUAUGAAACUUUGUUAUUUUUGUUGGCAAUCUCGGUUGUGAUCUUGUGGUCAGACUGAUGUGCAGUGCCGUUUGUGCGAGGCGACUUCGCCAAGUUACGUCAUUUAACAUCGUGUUGGACCAGUAACAGGGAAAAAGCUACAAUUUAAUGUGAAAUGUCAUGCUGGUAUUUAGUAUCAGCUGUGCCAGUAGAUUUAAAACCAAACUGGUUAUAUUUUUAAUGAAAAAUGAAUCUCCUCGUAUUGACCUGUUUUCAACUCUUGGAUACAAAAGGCUUAGCCAUUUUUACUAUUAUUAUUGGAGAAUUUUGGACAAAUACAGAUUUAUCCUGAAGCUUUAUUAAAUUAUAUUAUUAAACUAAAAGUUAUUGUGUUGUAUUUAAUGUUAAGGACUUAAUAUUUAUUUAUUAAUAUAUUUUUCUGUUAUCAGUUUUGUAGAAGUUUAAUUUGUUAUAGGCAUUCAUCUGUAUAUUUCAAAUGCAGGAAUGAAGUAUUUAUAUCAUGUUGCUUACAAUAUAAGGUAGUACAUCUUUCUAAGAAAUUCAACCGGGUUCUAAUAUUUUUCUUAAGUUAUUUCUCCAUAAUUCCCUCUGGUUUCUUCUCCAUUUUUCAACAGAACGAUGAAUGAAAAAUUUUGUAAAUAUUUUGUAGAGUUGAAAUAAGUAACAUUCAAUAUCAUGUAAUAUGUUGUAAUAUUGUAAUUGAAAGUUUAAAGUUGUAUUGUAAAUUUAAAAUGUAUAUCAAUCAUAUCAUAUAUUUUUAAUAAUAAAACAGCUCCAGUAAAAACAUUAGGGAGUUAUCAUAUCAGUGAAUUUUAGUCCUUUGUCAAGUUAUCAAUUUAGACUAGAUGAAGAGAUAAAGUGACACUUGAAACAGGACAAUCUGUGUCAUGGAAAGUGAUAGGUCUCUUCUAUUAUCUUAAGUGCUUUCUGAUAACAAUAAUCAAUUUUUAUUUGGAAUGCAUUGCUUUUAUGAUAAAAGAAAGAUCUGUGAACAGAUUUUAAACAAGGAAUGGUUUUGACUAUUUAUAUUUGGAAAUUUGUAUUAGUAACCUGUUCUCAUCAACUUAAUACAUGGUUGACCUGUCAGUGAUGAUAUAUUAAUGAUAUAUAUUAUUUAGAUUGCUUAGGAUGUACAAAUUUGUGACCAAAGAGAAACAGAACUAUAAGACUUGCAAGUCUACGUCAAUUAACUUAUGUUUCUGCGUGUUCUGCAGACUUUCAGGAAUAUUUGUUGAAUUUGUUAUCAGCAGUGCUUGAAAUUUGCUCGGUCCAUUUCCUUCAGUGUUUCUUAUACAAACGAUAUUACAAUUUUUAAUGCUUGAAAGAAUAAGCAUUAAAUGCUUUAUAUAAGACAUUAAAUCAUAAAAGUAAUUAAUAGAUGUCACAUAGAUAAAUCACAGUAAAUUCCUAUUCUUGAGUUUUGAGUUCUACAGUCUGAUCUCUCCAGGUGGAUGAAUAAUCUAUCACAUACAUUAUCAUCAUCCACAUAUGAUGUUAGGUUGUUUAUCCACAAAUAAUGUAGAUCAGAUAGCACAACCCGAGACCCAUUCAAUGUUUUCUGUUUUGGAAUAAUUUUCAUUAACUGUUCAAAAAUCAACUCAUUUUCUUAAUGGAAAACAAAGAAAUAGCGUUAGUGGUAUCGAGACAGUUUUUUGUUUAAAUGGCUUUUGUUUUAUAGUUAUAGAGUUCAAUAGAAGCAUUUAAACAUUGCAUCAAAAACCUACCUACUGUAACUCUGUUUUCUAGUAUAAAAAGAUAGUAUUUUUGUAUAACUAGUUAUACAAUUUCACAAUAACUAAUUUAUUAAACAGACAAUACUUAGUUGGACUUAUAAUUGUAUUUUUCAAGCUUUGAUCUCAAAACUGCUCAUUUACAUUGUGGGAUUUUUUUCAAGCACUGCUAAUGGCAUUUCACAGUGCCAUUGUUUAGCUUGUCAAUCCAUCACUCGAAAUGUGGUAUGUUACCGCACCUCAUCAUACCAGUAGAAGGGGUUAGUACUUGUCAAAUUUCUUUAUCACAUUAUAUUAUUACACCACUUUAAUUUUAGCAAUAUUAAUUAGUAUAAAUUACUUAUAAGCAUUAGCAAUAAUUUUAAGUACAUUAUGUAAUGUAAUAUUUUUUAAUUCUAGUCCAUACCUGUUGUAACCUGUUGUAACGAUAGCGUAAGCGUAUUAGAUGAGGCGGGGUAUAUUACCCGAGUCUUGUUAUAUUGGAAAUCCGUUACCCAAAUACUUAGGGAAGCUAUUUCCAGUAUUUUUAUAAUAAUUUUAGUCGUCUAGAUGAAGUAGUUUAUUCCAUAAGUAAUGUACGUUAGCUUAUGAUUUUCAUAGAGAUGUGCAAUACACCCAGUUUUAUUUCAACAAAUGGUCUAUAUACUUAACGUAGUGAUAUCGAAAUGUUAAAUUUUUACGGUGUCGAAGCAAAAGCCCUAGAGUACAGUGCAUAGCAACUUUUUUCUGACUCCACAACAUUUUCUUUGGUGCAAUAUCGGUAAAAAUUCAUGUUUAGUGGUAAGCAUAAAUUUUUUUACAGUUUUGUAUUUUCAUACUAGUUGUUUGUAUCUUGCAUAUCUCUAUAUUGUAAUAUUGCUCAUUAUGUUGUAAUUAAAUAGGAAGAGCCCUUUGUGAUUUAGACCAACUGUGAGCGACGCAGAGCAACGUUUUGCGGUUGCUCAGAAUGUGUCCGGCUAGCCAAAAUUGUUAGUUUAAUAUAGUUGAAGUAAUGUAAAGUACUUAACGACAACCGUCCUAUCUGGCCUUACCAGAGUCAAGUCAAAGCGUACAACAGUCAUUAAUAAGCAGUGCCUUGUAGUCAUAUACAUAACAUACCAGCUGAUCAGGUCUUAUAUCGAGUCAUCACCUUACAGUUCUAUUCCUUGUCAUACUUACACCUCAUAAUUUUAAUCAAUUCACAUUAAAAAAAUAUUAUUACUAUUAUAAAUAGGACAAAUUGUAGCUAUAAAAUAAAAUGUUACUUAUAAACA